AUGGUCUUCUCAACAGUGUUCGCGCCCGUGCUCAUUAUAACUCUUGCUUUAUUCACCGCUCGGACCAAUGCUCUAGUUUGCUAUGAAAAUGACGAAAACGGCAAAAUUUAUGAGGUUUCAAAUGGUUCGUGGAAUUACUGCGUCUUCAUCCCGGGAUCUGGCGAUGGACGAGUCUUCGGUGUUGGUCCCGAAGUUGACUGGACAACCGCUUACGACAACGCAUUUGGCAUGUCUGACAACAUCUAUCAGGUGCUAUCGGUCUGCCUUUUGGAAAAGUACGACUUUGGACGGCUCAACCCGAAAUACGUAAAGAACCCGUCAGCAUCGGUGGAAUUUAUCUUCCGUUGCAUAUGCAACUACGACCGAUGCAACAGCGCCACCACAUUCGGCAACUAUCUCAAAACCAUCAAGAUGGACAAUGCCAACAGUAGCGCCGAAAAAUACUGA